UAAUUUGCUUAUUAGUACCAUUCAUUAAAACUACCAUGAAUCCUAACGGUGUCUAACAUUCUAUGUCAUCACUUCUUGCAAUUACCUGUCUAGGAUUAUCAUCUAUCUGUCAAAAUGAGUGAUGAUGAGGGAUUCAAUCUUGAAGAUUCCACGGCAUAUGCAAGAACGGCUUCUAGGUUGCCUGCAGAAUUUGAAGGAGUGGCAGGGAAAGUUAUUCGAGUACAACUAGUUAACUUCCUCAAUCAUGAAAACCUAGUUGUCAACUGCUCACCAUAUCUCAAUAUGAUUUUUGGUAUGAAUGGGCAGGGUAAAAGUGCUAUUGUACAGGGUAUGGCACUCUGCUUUGGAGGUUAUGGUCAUUCCGCUGGCCGUGAUACAGCUUUGGCACAUUACAUAAAAGAUUACCAUCUUCGAAGCGGACCCAAUUUCGCAAGAGUAGAGCUAACAAUUGCAAACCAUGGUGAUAACGCCUACAAACCAGAUGUAUACGGCGAUGUCAUCACCAUUACGAGGAAGAUCCAACGUACAAGUUCAGCUUUUUACAUGGGAGGUACAUUGAUUAAGAAGAUGGCUGUACCCAAAAGAGAAUUAAAGGCAUAUUUCCGUCAUAUACAAAUGAAUAUCGGUAGUCCUACAACAUACAUGGACCAGGAAACAAGCAAAUCAUUCUUCUUCCACUCUAAUCCAAGUAGCUUCUAUAAAUACUAUGCCGCUGCUGCAGGAUUAAUAGAAAUGGAAGAAAAUCUAAACACAGAGAAGCAAAACCUAGAGGAUUGUAAAGCAGAGCUGAAAGUCCGAAAACGUGUACUAGUACCGGAUAAAGAGAAAUUGCGUGAUAUUUCAAAACAGAUCAGAUUGUUCGAAGAAAAGGUUAACGAGUGGAAAUCGGCUAAACUAAUGUAUAAGCUUUCGCAAUAUCGAUCGUACAAGGAAAAAUACGAGGCCUUAAAGGAAACGUAUGACAGAUUUUCAGAGAGUAACCCUAGAGAAGAAAUCUCAAAACUCAACGAUUCCAUAGCUCUCUUCGAAGCUGAACAAACUGCCCUAAAAACUGAAAUGGAAACACUAUCGUCGGAUACAUUCAUACAAAAGGAGCGGAUUACUACAAUUACAGACCAAAUUGCAAUGGCUGAAGACUCUAUAAACGAUCAAAACUCACGUAUCGCAGCUAACCAGGAAUCAAUAGUCCAGGUAGAAACGGCAAUGAAUAACUUAGAUAACGAUAUAUCUGCAAUGGAAGCGGAGCCUGCAGAUGUAGAUAUGCAGCGUCUAGAAAAUGAAUUAGAAGAUUGCAAAACGGAAUAUGAAGAAAUCGAUAAGAAGCAAAAGGACUUAAUGGUUAAAGCGUCGGAUUUAGAAGAUAAUAUCGCUGAAGUUGAGGUUCAACUAAGAGCAGUCCGCAAUGACAUUGAAGAUCAGAGACGUGAAAACGCUUCGUUGUUACUUGGCGGGUCAUCUACGGCACGAUUUGCACAUAUGCGCAGAGCUCUAUACAGAUAUGAUGUGGAUGACGUAAGGAAAGAUAUAUACAAUAUGAGGAAAAAUGGACUAUUUGCCCAUUCACCAAUAGGGCCCAUAGGUGAAUUUCUCGUAGUUAGCCAUGACAUACCUAAUUGGAAGGUAAUGCCUGUAGUGGAAAGACACCUUUACAAUAUGCUUCAAACAUGGGUUGUAGCAACGGAAAAGGAUCGCCGUGCUUUAGAAAGUCUUCUGGUAAAGCAUGGUUGCAACAGGAACCAAGCCAGAGUUAUGAAGAGCAAUAUUUUUAUGCAUCCAAGCUUGAUAGAAAAGUUGAAUAUCGAGGCAAUCCAAACUAUGCAUGAGGCUUCAAUCCUUCGCUACCUAGCCAUUAAGGAAGUACCACCGGUGUUGAUCCAAAUACUGUCAGAUACAUGUGAUAUUGGUAAUACCGUAAUAUGCCUUGAUGAUGAGCAGAUGGAUAAUAUCCUUAAAGAUGCACCAUCUAAUAUCUCUACGGUGUACUCUAUGUCAUCUCUAAAAAGUGCUCGUUAUAUAAACGGGGUCCUCCAUAAAACUCCUUGCUAUGAUAAGCACCCUUUUUCAUAUGAAUACGUAAGAAAAACGCAAGAAAAUGAAAAGGAUCGUUCUAAAAAGCAGGAGGAACGUAAAGAUAGUGGCGUCGAACGAGAAGCAUCAUUAUGUACCCUUGCAAAUUCACUGUCUAAGGAGUUGGACGGAUCCAAAGCACGUCUUGAUGACUUAAAAGCUGAUCUGGAAAAUAUACGUCAAGAAAAAAUAUCAAUAAUUCGUAAGAGGACUCGUUUGGAAGCAGACUUGAGGGAAGAAAUAGAGCAAUUGCAAACGACAAAUCAUAGCAGUAAGUAUAAUAAAUACUGCGAGGCAAUCAACGAGAUAAGAAAUGAAUAUAAAAAUCAGUUGACGGAUUUAAAUAAUGAAAAGGAAAAGUUAGAAAAGGAGAGGGAUGCACUACAAUCAAAAAAAAACAAACAUCAAGAGGAUCUAGGAUCCGCUAAUGAUAAAUUAAAGGAAACCUUGAAACGUAUAUCUGGGAUUAAAGUCGACAUUCAAAAAAUACAACAACGUGUAAAUAUUCAAAAAACACAAAUUAAAGCACUUGAAAAAAAUAUGAAGGAUUAUCACUUCAAACUAGAUGAAUAUAUGAACGAUAUGAAUGAAGCUGAGAACAGGUUACGUACGCACCAAGAACAAUUAGACACGGAAGGCAUAGAUUAUAGUGUGGAAUUACCCAAUAAGACUCCAGAUGAAUACCUCCGUAUCAUAAAUCUCAGUAAUGAUGUUUUACAACGGAUGGUUGAUGAUGCACGCAAUGUCGAAUCACAUCUAAUAUCCCUGCGUGAAACCCAUGAUGAAUUUGAAAAAUCCUUAAAGGAAAAAGAGACGCGCUUGUCUGAAACAACAGAAAAUUAUCGACGCCAUAAACAAAACUAUAUGAAACGCUGCAAACGUUUUCAAGAGUGUCGUGAUCGUAUUGAACGUAAGGCCAAACGUACAUUUAAGCGUACAUUGGAAAUUGUUACGGGAUAUGAUGGGAACUUGGUAUUUAAUGACGUAGAUCGCACAUUGGAAAUACAAAUUCAUAACAGACAACAAUCGUAUUCCCGUGCCCAUGUAGCAACAGAUUUAAAGACCCUUAGCGGAGGAGAGCAAUCGGCUAUACAGCUUUCCAUGCUACAAAGCAUGGCCGCUAUAUCUUAUUCUCCAGUCCAUAUGUUUGACGAAGUCGAUGUAUAUAUGGACGAAAGCACCCGAAUUAAAAACAUUGAAUCACUGGUCGGGUUCGCAGCAAGAAAUAAAGAUCGUCAGUUCUUCCUAGUUACUCCGCACUCUGAAUUGGCUAAACAUAUAAAAGAAAGUUAUCCUGAUAUAAGCAAAAUAUUCAACGUAGCUAAAGAGAUAUAGUUUAAAUAUCUGGUAAUCACAAACACUAUACAGAUGAUGUAAACUUUAAAAAAUACUUUAUCUU